GCGUGUGCCGCCUUCGCCUGCAUAGCGCAGUUCCAGUAUUUUAGUUGUUGUGGCGGUGGUGACGGUGUGUGGGGCGUAGCAAUCACAUGCGCUUUUGAGACACACCGCACAAGGAUAAAGAUCAAGAGGAAAAUACAUCGAAAGCGGCUGUGUUUAUCCCCCCCCCCCCUCCUCUAUAUCUCUUGUUGACUGCAUCGAGUGGGGCGCUCCUCUUGGUUUCUUGGUGGGUUUUUUUAGUUCCUCUUGUGCACAGACACCCGUGACGAUGCUGCGACGGUGUCUGCUGCGGCGGUGCAUGCCCAUCGGCGUUGCCUGCCGCACCCUCGGCUUUCAGACCCCGCCGACUAACAACCGCGAUCUCAAGAAGCGCUUCAUCCAACUCACGAAGGAGCACCACCCCGAUCUCCACGCAGACGACGCGGAGGCGGCGACAGAGCGAAUGGUGCGGCUCACGCAGGCCUACACGUGCCUCAAGAAGCUGUUGGAGCACGGCGUGCACUAUCAGAGGAACGCCGGCGCCGGUGCAGGUCCGCAGCAGAAAAGCGGUGAGCGAUCUUCGAGUCGUGCGGAGGAGGUGGAGUGGGCGGAGGCGGCAGCCAGCUUUCGUGCUCCCGGCUCCUCCAUCAGUCUUCGCGGUUUCACACUGCCGUGGCAACGCGCCACCACCACGACAGCGACGGCGUCGAUGGAGUCGAUGAUGAGCGAGCCGAAUGUUUCCUUUCACGACUUCGUUCGGUUUGCGCGGCAGCUCGAGCACGACCGCCAGCGCAGAGAAGAGCGAAGGAGGAGCGAUGCAGCGACGGCGGACGGCACGCACGGCUUCACGGCGGAGUACUUUGAAAGCACAGAAAGAAGCCGCACCGCCUGUCGCGGUCCUAAAGUGGGCCCUGCGUCGACGCAUGUGGUGCGCCUGUGGGCCUUUUACUAUGGCCGUCGGCUGCGUGCGUUUGCCGUCGCGGCGCCGCGUAACGCGUGGCACACGAUCCGCUACAUCCUCCUGGGGCACUGA